GAAUUCGAUUCAGUGACAGAUGUGUGUGCGAGCGUGUGUGCUUGUGUGUUGUAUAUUGAGUAUUCGGGCCUGAUACAGGUCAAAUUUGCCACUUUGGAAUGAACACAAACAAACACAUAAGUAUACUAAAAUCAAAACAAUAUCUGUACUUUUGGCCAUCAGAAUCAGAAUUGAAAAGCAGCUGCCAACGGCAAGGUCAUGUCAUCUCCUAACAUUAUAAGGGAUAUACCGCAGCGGCAUAUCGUCGGGCAUACGCACACCCACAGCCACAGCCACAGCCACAACCACAGUUACACCCUCACCCACACCCAUAACCACAACCAGAACUGGAACGGCAUGGAGCAGUCACUUAACCAGGACAUCGAGGAGCUCAGCUCCACGUUUGAGAGAAUGAUGCGACCCCACAAAGCAAAAUAUGCCUAUCCACGCCCAGCGACACCAACACCACAACGCAUUCCGGAUUCCCUCUCUGCCAGCGGCAUAGUGGGUCACACAAUGGACAUGCCCAGCCGCAUGAGAGCCAUCAAAGUCUUCAAUGUGAUGCUCGCCCGUCUCUGGCGACGACGUUGCGCCGAGGUCUGCGAUUUGCAUGAACUAGUUCGCAAAUAUCAAAGUAAGGCAAGCACAAUGCGAGACGAUCUGUUUUUGCGCAACAAGAUGAUAUGCAAGGAGCAACGACGUUGCGAUCGGCUGGAAAUGGAACUGCGCCAGGUUAAAUAUGCGGCAGAGCUGAGCUCUCAGGGAUGUGUCACAAUUGAGAACGCGCUGAAUGUGGUGCGCAGAAAGGAGGCGAAAUUGCGACGGGAUCUGCGAGCAAAGACCCAGGAAUGCAGCAAUUUUGCCGAGUUGCUCAACGUAACGAAAACUGAAAUGUUUCGCGAGCUAACCAAGUUCCGGCAAUGUGCCCAAGAAUUGGCUGAGCAACAGCGACAGAAUCGCAUUCUAGAGAUACGCAACGCCGAACUGGAGGAUGAGCUAUUAACACUUAAGGAUCGCUUUCAGUCGCAGCAUGACGAUAUUGUCGUGGCUGUGCAUUUAAAGCAGGAGCAAAUAGAUGAGGCAUACGAGACCCUCAAGGGCUAUGAAGAGGAGCUAGCAGAAUUAGAACUCAAACACAACGAGCUACUGAAAGAGAACAACGGCGAUGCCAUACUGCAGGAGAUCGGCAAAAUGGAACGAAAGAUCGGAAUGGUUCGCUAUGUGAUAUGCUUUAUAAACACGCGUCGCUGGCGGCUGUUGCGAGCAUCAUGGCCGAACUUCAAGUGCAUUGCAUACGAGAUAGUUGCCCGAUUUCUGGACUAUAUACUGAACAGUCCGUUAUCGAUGCCAACGCUGCCAGUUACAUCGGUGGGCAUAUAUUUGACAGUUAUGUUAUUGAUAGGCGCCUUGUAUUGAGGAUAUAUAUAUAUAUAUGUAUGCAUAUAUAUAUAGAGAUAUUUAUAUAUGGAGGGUAUAUACAUAUUUAUCAGUUAUAUCGAACAUGAGUUGGGAAUGAAGCAGGCUUUGCCAUCGGGCAAUAUCUCUAUAUAUAUAUAUGUAUGUAUAGCAUAUGUAUAUAUAUAUAAUAUAUACAUAUAUAUAUAUGGAUUGGUGAACGUUGUAAUUUCAGUUUGAACUUCUUAUCUCAUUCGUUUCAAUUUUUUUCUCGUAAGUUUAUCACUAGAUCCAACCAAAAUUGUUGUCAGAUAAAGUGAACCAAAUUGUCAUCUGGAUGUAUUUCUUAUCUAUGUGUAUACUUACGAUUCCAAAGUACCCUCGUCCCCCAAAUAGAAUAUAGAUCCAACAAAAAAACAAAAAAAAA